AUGGGCCGACUGCUGAACUACAGCUCUCCAAAAAUCACAGACAUCAACGUUCCCACCCGACAAGCCUUCCUGCUUCACAUCCUCAACCGCACACAUCUGUCACUGACGGUGCACCUCACGGCACUGCUGUAUCUCAAGCGGCUCAAGGACAAAUACCCGCAUUGCACAGGCUCCUUCGUCUCGGGCCACCGGCUUCUGCUAGCGGCGCUGAUAGCAGCCGCCAAAUACCUCACCGACGACACCUUCGACAACAGGGCCUGGGCAUCCGUCUCAUCCGGGCUGUUCACAUUCGAGGAUGUCAACGCCAUGGAGGUUGAGUUCAUGGGCUACAUGGAUUACCGCCUGUACAUC